AUGGAUCCAAACAGUCAUCAACGAAUCAAGCUUGACAGUUUUGUUUUGUGUUGUGUUGGACAUUUAAGUUCCCCAUGUCACUUUAUUUUUCAGAUAGUAAUAUCUGAUACUGAGGAUACUCUACCUGAAUACAAUGUGACUAAGUCCACCUACUACAGUAAAUAUACACACCUUUAUGCACCAUGUGUUGAAGAAGAGGAUGAAGAGCCAGUUCCUGUAAAUUUGGGGAAUUUAUCAGACACAACCAUAGAGGAGGUAAACAUUACACUACCUGAUGUCAUUGCAAAGCUGUCACAUCAUAUCGAUCAUGGAAGAGUUAGCCGGUUCAACAUUGCAAGGUCAAAUGUCUGGGAUGGAGCAGUCCGAGGUUUCAAGCGUUCAACAUAUUCAGAAACCUGUGAUAUGCGGGUCAGAUUUACUGAUGAUGCUGGUGUUUUUGAGGAUGGAAUUGAUACAGGUGGUCCAAGACGAGAGUUUCUAACUCUACUGAUGAACCAUCUUAAAGACCGACCAAUUUUUGAUGGACCAACAGGACAACGUUACUUAGUCUACAAUGCAAAUGCUCUCAGGGAGGAUGAGUACUUCUUGGCAGGAAAGAUGAUUGCGGUAUCAGUUGUGCAUGGAGACCCAGGUCCGCAUUUCAUCUCGGAAGAUCUUGUACUGUAUCUUGCAGGCCAGCCUUCAUUCAAUGCAACAGUGAAUGAUGUAACUGAAGAAGAAAUAAAGAAAGCUUUGAAAGAGAUUGACUGUGCUGCUUCUGUCGAAGCUUUGCGAGAAUGUACUUUAAAACAUAGCACAAUGUUACAGACAGCUGGUUGCCUGAGAUAUGUGGCUACUCUUGAAGAAAAGAGAACAAUUGUGUCAGACUACCUCCGAUGGUAUAUUAUCGACCGUAACUCAUUUGACAGGUACCAUCAUAUCCUAGUCUUACAAUUUUUGUAA